CAAAUCCCAUUGUCUUUAGUACCUACUGCUGAAAAAAUCACUGAGGUUUAUGGUGAUGUUUGUGCAACAAGCACAAUUAGCCGAAACUUUGCUGAAAAUAUCUAUACUCUGUUCUGUGCAACAAUCAAAGAAAUGGAUGAACUACCGCUUGAGGAAGUCACUGAGGAAACCAUGUUGAAGUGGAGAACUGCAAUAAAGGAUGCUUUAUGUAUCAAGUUUAAAGUGGAAUUUGCCAUGGAGCAUCUGAAGAAAACUAUAGCUGGUCGAUACUUUGGUGUGAAACCAUACAAAGAAGCUGAGAAAAUGGAUGAUGAAAUCUCAAAAGCAGAGGCUAGACUGAAUGGUUUAAAGGAGUGCAAGAAGUUCAGAGACAUUGCAAAAGAGUUUGAUGGUAAGCCACUCAGUGAAGGUCUAUGGGGUUAUUCUGUCUUUGAAAAGAUGUAAUUUUCUUUCUAUUUCCAGUUUCAUCACUCUUCUUGUACAAGUGACGCUGUUGUAUCUGUUUCUUCUUUUGUAUUUCCAUUUGUAUCUGGGAGUUUUUUCUUUUUUUUUUUGUAUUUCUUGCAUGAUCGUCUAUGUAGAGCAACACCUUCUUCUUGUAUUUUGGAGUUUCCCUUUGUAUACCUUGGGUGAUUGUCUUAGAUAGACCAAUAGUUCUUUACUCCAUUAAUAAAACUAAAUGACAAUG